GUCGGCUCACACAAGCGGCUGCAGCUCGUCUAGAGAUCCCGUGGCUUAUAAUUCCUUUACUACUUUUAAAAAACGCUCCUUCGAUGUGCCCCGUUAUUAGCGUUUGUCUGAGGCAUUCAUUUCCGCACCUGCCGCGGUAGAGACCAGGCGAAGGCGAAGUAGAAGAGGAGACAAGGACAUUGUGAGAGCCGGGAGAGGCAGACGCCUGAGAUAGCAGCGGUGACUCGUUAGAGAUCUUUAAAAGGACACAAAAAGAAAAUGCUGCUUUGGACCAGAAUCGUUUUGCUCGGUCUCGUUUGCUUGUCCUUGGCGUCCUCUGGGAUGGGAUGCGGACCGGGCAGGGGCUACGGCAGGAGAAGACACCCGAAGAAGCUGACACCUCUUGCGUAUAAGCAGUUCAUCCCCAACGUGGCGGAGAAGACCCUCGGGGCAAGCGGCAGAUACGAAGGCAAGAUCACAAGAAACUCCGAGCGAUUUAAAGAACUGACUCCCAAUUAUAACACAGACAUCAUAUUCAAGGAUGAAGAGAACACCGGUGCCGACCGGCUAAUGACUCAGAGAUGCAAAGACAAGCUGAACUCGCUGGCCAUCUCGGUGAUGAACCAGUGGCCCGGGGUGAAGCUGCGCGUCACCGAGGGCUGGGACGAGGACGGCCACCACUAUGAGGAGUCCCUCCACUACGAGGGCCGGGCCGUGGACAUCACCACUUCAGACCGGGACAAGAGCAAAUACGGGACUCUGUCCAGGCUGGCGGUGGAAGCCGGCUUUGACUGGGUCUAUUACGAGUCCAAGGCGCACAUCCACUGCUCUGUGAAAGCAGAAAACUCGGUGGCCGCAAAGUCCGGCGGGUGCUUCCCGGGCUCCUCCACCGUCAGCCUCCAGGACGGAUCCACGAAGGCGAUCAGAGACCUCCGGACCGGCGACAGAGUCCUGGCCGCGGACACGCAGGGGAACCCGACCUACACCGACUUCAUCACCUUUUUGGACCGAGACACGACCACGAGGAGGGUGUUCUACGUGAUAGAGACCGAGCUGGGCCAGACGGUAACCCUCACCGCCGCGCACCUCAUAUUCGUCGACCGUGACAACUCCACAGAGCAGCGGAUGUCUGCGGUUUUCGCCAGCGACGUGAGGCCCGGACAGAAGGUUUUGGUGGUCGGAGCGGAGCGGAGGCUGCUGGAGCCCGUGACCGUGAAAAGGAUUUACAAGCAGAAGCACGAGGGCUCCUUUGCGCCGGUGACCGCGCAGGGGACCCUGGUGGUGGACCAGGUCCUCGCGUCCUGUUACGCAGUGAUAGAGGACCACGACCUGGCGCACUGGGCCCUGGCACCCGUCAGGCUCGCCCACUGGGUGUCCUCGUUCCUUUUCAGCUCUCAGCCCGAGGCCAGCGCACAGAACGACGGAGUGCACUGGUACUCCAAAGUCCUUUAUCAACUGGGGACAUGGCUCUUAGACAGCCACUCGAUCCAUCCACUCGGGAUGUCAGUAUACACGAGUUGAAACCUCCACAGGAGCAGAACGAGACUUAAAUGUAGGACACGUGAACUAUUCCGUAGGUUAAAAAAAAAAAAGUCAAGUAAUAAAAAUGAUAAUGAUUUCAAAAAAAAGAAAAGAAAGAAAGAAAACAAAAAUGAACAAACAAGACAACGGCCCCAGCGGAGUUGGGAUAUUUAUUUCAAUGACUUUUUCAUGAUGUGUCCCCUUUCAAAGAAUGAAUGGAGCCUUAAAAAGUUUUUCUUUGAAUAAUUUAUUCUCAUGUGAACUCUGCUGCUGUCACAUAAAUGGACUCUGAAACGGUGCGAGCAGCACAUUGUGCAUAAUCUAUUUUUGUAUAUCUCAGAGACAGAAAAAGAAUGAAAAAAAAUGAGAGAAAAAGAUAAAAAAGGAAAAAAAGAAACCGCAAAAAGAAGAUCAUGUAGACCGGAGCUAACUUUGACAGGCUGUAAUGUUCAUAUGUUCAUAUAUGUGCAACUGACUGUUAUAUUUUGGGGAGAACAUACUUCGCGGGGUACCAUAAAUUAUAUUUUUAUACACAGAAUUGUAAAUUAGAUUUUGACAGAUCGCUACCGAAUCACAUUUCGUUAUUUGAAAUAGUGUAAGAUAUGAGAAUAUAUUUUAAUUUAAAUACAGUAGCUGGGAAAGUAUUGGAAAAAAAUCUUGUACUGCUUGGUUUAUUAAGAAUGUUAUUAUUUUGUAAACUGUUGGUUUAAGUUGUCGGAGAGGGACAGAUAUUCUGCCUCAUGUCUGCAUUCUCUGCUUUGAUUUUUUUUCUGCGUGUGGAUGUGUGUAUUUGUAUUAUUUUCUGUUUUCUUCUGAGAAAAAAUAUCAAAAUGCAGAUUCUGACAAUUCAGUAACAGCUAAAGUAGUACUGAAACAGUUUCGUUAAAUAAAUGAAUAAGUAACUCCUGUAAAUGUACUAAAAUGUUAUUUUUCUUUUCAUAUUUUGUAAUAGGGAAAUAGUUUUCUAUAGAAAUGACCUGCGGCAGAUGCACAGUUUGGAUAGUCUAUAUAGCCAGACCAUACCAGUUAACUUUCAUAACAGGGCAAUGUGUCAAACAAAUGUCUAGAGUUUAUUAUUUAUAUGUUUAUUACAAAAAGAGAUAAAGAAAAUCUUCAAA